AUGGGACAAAGAGCUACGGAAUGCAGGCUGUCAAAGAGAAAAAGGAACCAGGCACAGGUGAUGGAGGACAUCACUCAAGAGGUUGAUGACAUUGACCUUAGUGCUGUGAUCUCUGAGGUGAAUUUGGUGGGAUCUAAUCCCAAGGAAUGGUGGAUAUAUACUGGUGCAACCCGCCAUGUGUGUUCAGAUAGAAGCAUGUUCACUUUCUUCAAACCAAAGAAGAAUGGAAAGAAGUUGGUCAUAAGUAACUCCACUACCUCAAAAAUCCAAGAUAUCAAGGACUCAAAGUCCACUAGUGGCUAUGUGUUCACAUUAGCGAGUGCAGCCAUGACAUGGAAGUCCUCAAAACAAACAGUAAUAGCUCGAUCCACGAUGGAAUCUGCGUUUAUCGCGUUGGAUAAAUGUGGUGAAAAGGCAGAAUGA